AUGGCGACGGUGGCGGGAACUUCGGCUGUUUAUCGUGAUGUUUUGGGAACUGAUUUAUCAAAAUGUGUUGAGAAUUCGAAAGUUUUGGUGGUUGGAGCAGGUGGUAUUGGUUGCGAACUUUUGAAAAAUUUGGUUUUAACUGGCUUUAAAGAUAUAGAAGUGGUGAGUAUUCGAAAAGGCCGAUGUUAAUUUUACGUCAGUCGAUCGAGGAAGAUAAGUUGAAUUUAGCGGAAUUGGCUAUGUGCUAAGCAUGUGCUGUACAUCGCUUAAUUGAUUCCGGUAAUUGUUGUUUUAUUUCAACUAUGAAACGAGAAUAUUUCAUCAAUCAUUGCAGAAAUCUGUUAGCUUUUUUAAAGCCACAUCUAGUUGUGAUUUAUCGAUAUCAACAUGCACGAUGAGCGGAAAUUGUAAUUUGAGACUGUCAGUGUAGUAUGCGGGGUUUGCACAGUCGCUGUGUCGUGGCGGUGAAAUCCAAAGCACAGAUACCUGGUGAAAGAUGCUCAAAACAGGUGUUUUUGUUAAUUUGCACAUGUAAGGAAGGGGGCAUUAAUUAAUGUAUGUGUAACUAAAAAAAAAUUAGCUGUAAUAACCAUAACAAAAUUCUCAAAUCUGAUUGGCUAUCAACUGCCCUGAUUUCAGCCUUAACUGGACUGUUUAAUUGGACAGUACACGUCAUGCCUAAGUAAUUGGAUAGUAUACACCAUCACGAGCAUGCUUAAAUGGCUUUUUUUUUCACUUGUGUGAUUACAAACCGAAUUGGACUCCGUUACCAUUACUUAUUAUCACCAUCAUGCACUAUUAUACUCAUUCAUCAUCAUUGUCAUCCUCCUCCUUCUCAUUAUCAUCAUCAUAAUCAUCAGAAGCAGCAGCUUUUUCAUUAUUUUUUAGUGUUCACAGACAUUCAGAUUGUCUGUAAAUACUUGCUGGUCUCAAAGUGUUAGAGGUUCCUUGGCAUUGACUAACCAGUAUUCUUAAGUCGAGUCCCUUUAUAGUGUUGUGUAUAUAUAAAUGCAAAAUUUGCAAUUAAAAUUUACUCUACAGUUAUAACCUUGAGGAACCUUGAGUUAGUGUCCUCAUUAGCGAGAGUCCAUAAUAGCAGGAGUUUAUUUCAGUCAAACAUCUGUAAUUUAUUUUUGCCUGGAUUUAGCUGCUGUCUGUAUUAUUAGGGUGUCCGCAAAGUGAGAGUUGAGUGUAUUAGUUUUUUAGUAAUAAUUUUUUGUAUUGAAUUUUUUCUCAGAUUGACUUGGAUACCAUUGAUGUUAGUAACUUAAAUCGCCAGUUCUUGUUUCAAAAAAGACAUGUUGGAAAAUCCAAAGCACAGGUACUUUUAGUGUAUUAAGAAAUGGUCCAGAUAAGAACGAUAGCAACAACGGCAACGAACAUGUUGGAAUGCAAAAAAGGUGCUAACUUUUCUAUUGUCUGUACUUACUUCUGAUUGGCUUAAACAGCAAAAGUUAACAAAACUUCAUAAAGCGGUACAUAUAUUCAUCCUUACUUUCCAACCAUCUUCCAUAUAACAAAAAUCUGGUCUCAGUUUGAAUAACAAAGAAAUCCUAUGUGGGGAACAUGUAAAAUUGUAAACUUUCCUUGGCUAUUGUUUUCAACUCUUGUGAUUGGUCAAAAUCUUUUAACACAAAAAACACCCUUUCAAAGUGGAGUGUAAAUGCAUUUUAUUGCGUAAACGGCCUUCAUGUAGGUUUGUGCAUUCUCUGUGUGAAAAUGAGAAUAUUCCUAUGUGGGGAAAGCACCGUUGCUGCAUAACAAAAGAAAUUGCUAUCUACCUUACCCGGAUCAUUACUUAAUAAUUUUCGUGGAAAGAAACCUGCUGGAUUUAUUUGAGAUGUAUGUUUAGGAAAGGAUUCUGAGUGUUCAUGGUAAAGAGUCUUAUUGUUUGUCUCAUGUUGAAGUGCCAAAUCUAGACUUUGAGAUAAGGCGGGGGCUGUCGCCCCAAAAAUUUUUUUUGAGCCCAUCAGGCCUCACUUUAGUCUAAAAAUAAGAAGGGGGGAGGGGUGUCCGGCCCCCCCAGGUCCCUCCCCUGGAUCUGCCACUGUGUUGUACUCCCUUGAGAUGUAGGUUGUGACAUGUCAGCUGUACACUGCUGUUCAUUUUGAGGUGAUAAAGUUGACUGAUUAUGCAUUACCUAAUAAUAGUUGAACCACUAAGAAAACACUUUCUCUAUCUUACCAAAAAAGCUGAUUGUCAUAAUACAAUGCUGUUGUGCAAACAGUUGGCCUCAUCACCUGUAGAAGUCUGGUAGCUCUCUCUUCCGCAGAGGCUCCCACAGGGUAUCCCUAUGAAAAUAGCAAUAAUGGAAAAAAUAGAAAGCGCGUCGGGGACGACAGGAAUGCCCUGCGCGCUUUCUUUUUCUUUCUCCCCAGCCUCCCCACAACACAGAGAGGCCUCUUUGGAAGAGAGAGGUCUGGUAGUAAGCAGUGAAAAAUUUAAGAUACAUACUUCUAGUAACUGCAUUAUAUGAUGUUUUCUUUUUUCUUGAUUGGGAUGGUUUUACUAACGUCGAAGCCUUUAAGUUGCAUAAAGAUCAUUUUUUUAACAUUGUAGGUUUCUCGCGAGAGUGCCCUUAGGUUCAAUCCUGAUGCAAAUAUCAAAGCUCAUCAUGAUAAUAUAAUGAGGUAUGAAUCAUCUGAUGUUAAAAGAUAGUCAUUGUUAAGUACCCUGCAUGUAUGUGCCAAGACUAUACAUGUAUACGUACACUCAUUCUUCAGCAGUGAGUCUCUUGAUGUACCUGCUAUUCUUCCCACCACACCUCUAGCUGAGUACACAUGUUAGGCUUCUCCUUGUUGUCAACAUAUCAACAACAAUAUGUAAAAAUAAAAUAAAUAACAAAUAAAUUCAAGCAAAAUUAAUAAGCAAACAUUUUCAAAAUUUUCCUCCACAAUCUUUGAUAUCCUUUUAAUGUUAAACUGAACAACAUUCCCACUAAUAUUUAUGUGAGAUACAUAUGCCCUGUAAAUUUGAACAGUUCUUUUUUGAUUGGCCUAUUUCAAUAAUGGCACUUCUGUGCACCCAGCGCUGAGGUGCAGAGAAUUACAGGCUCAUCAGCAAACCCAUGUCUGGGGACCAGUGAAUGAAUUUAUUGAUAUGUAGAAUGAAGAUGUAGAGUGCACUUGUUUACAUUUGUAUUUUCUUUUUUUUGGUUUUCAUAGCUCCGAGUAUGGACUGGAUUAUUUUAAGCAGUUUAGUGUGGUCAUGAAUGCUUUGGACAACAGAGGUGAGGUGUUUUCCUCAUUUUGUUCAUUGUUAAAAAGAAGAAGAGGAAAAAAUGCACUGUAAGGGCCAAUCAGCUUGUCCUUAGGACAAGCAGUGUAUCUCUCAAAUUAAGCCUGCCUGGGCCUGUUGCAUCCUUGCAUUGUUUAUGAAUAAAUUAAUAUUAGUAAGAAGAUUAUUUGCAUGGUUCCUUGCCCAUUAACAAGUGAGCAUAAAAGAGUACUUGUCCAGCAGGAAAAUCCAGGGUUCGUACAGAGUCUUGAAUUCAUGGAAAAGUCUGAAAAAUAGAAAUAAAGUCUGGAAAAUAGUAAAAAGUCUUGAGUUUUCUUCAAAGCUACAGCAAGUGCUUUACAAGUUGCAUUUUUUUCAUCGUGGUAAAAUUUUUUUCAAUCUCCCCCAUACAUUUUGUAGUGCAUCGUAAAAGAGCUUUGUUCCUGCACUUUUUAAGGUCUGUAUUGAUCACCCAUUUGAUGACCUCGAGUCUGGAGAAAAUGUCUUGAAUUUUGGAUCCAAAAAUCUGCAGGAACCCUUAUAAUCUACAGUGUAUGCACUGUAGUUGUUACAUGUCCUGGAUGACCAGACAGGACCUUGUUUGAGCCCUUACUGUAAAUAAUGUUUGAAGUACAUGUAAUCUGAAAGAAGGACACUCUAGUAUGUUGCUUUUAUUAUAUUUUUUAAAAAUAAUAGCUGCAAGAAACCAUGUGAAUAGAAUGUGUCUGGCAGCUGAUGUGCCACUCGUGGAAAGCGGAACAGCUGGAUAUCUUGGCCAGGCAACUGUUAUUAAAAAGGUAUAAAAUUGUUAUGCCUUGUGUUUUCUUACAGAGACUCAAAAGUUAGAACAAGUUUAGAAGGCAGAAUCAAUAGUAUCAUAACAAAGUACUGCUGAAGAGCUUUUAUUGCAAAAGUCACAUGACCUGGUUUCAUUCACAGACUGAAAAGUAACAAAAUAUGUGUACUUUUAAUACCGUAAAAUUCCGAAAAUAAGCCCCUCCACGUAUAAGCCCCUCCAAAUAUAAGCCCCCCAAACCCAUAACGUGAAAACCCCUCCGUUAGAUCGCCCCUCCAAAUAUAAACCCCCCAGGGGCUUGUAAUUGGAAUGUUGCCCUUGAAUACAAUGAAAAACAAAGCAAAAAAGAUAAUUAAAUUUACUUCCAACUAUAAGGCUAGUCCAAUCGAUUUUGAGACGCAAAUUUCCCUCCGUGGAUAAGCCCCUCCAAAUAUAAGCCCCUCCAAAAAUAAGCCCCUUAAAAAGGGCCUUUGAAAAAUAUAAGCCCUGGGGCUUAUUUUUGGAAUUUUACGGUAUUUCUUUAAAUUGGAGAGACAAGAGCUACAAUGUACAUAUACUCAACCAAAAUAGUUAUCUGGACUUAAUUUCCAAAAAUCUAUGCAAGCAAGUGAAAUUUUACAGUGCUGUGGAAUGCUUUCACUUUGUUCCACUUUAAGGAUGAAAUUUUGAAAAUGAAAGUGGGAAUGGUCAUGAUACAGUGUACUUGUAUUUUGUUAAUUGAAUUGGGAUAGUCCUGGCAACUUUCCAAGCUGGACCUGUUCCAAAGAAAAACAGUAUUAACCCUCAAUUUAAGUGAACCUUUUUUCUGAAUCAUUUCCAGUUAGAGCAAACCUACCCACUCAGUCUUAGAUAACAAUUUAAAAGUUUCUGUUUACCUCAUGUACAUGUAUGAACACUUACUAAUAGAACAUUAUUCUACAGGGAGUCACGGAGUGUUACGAGUGUCAGCCCAAACCAACACAGAAAACAUUUCCCGGCUGUACAAUCAGAAAUACUCCUUCAGAACCUAUACACUGUAUUGUCUGGGCUAAACAUCUUUUCAAGUAAGCCAACUUCAAUUUUACAUUUUUAUUGAUGUAAUGCAGUCAAACAUUUUGAGCCCGAGAAACUGGACAGUAUGAACCAUAAUGUGUGAACUUUAAUGGGUAAUUUUUCACUUUCUUGGAAGAUCUUGAGUUUUAGGCUUAAAUAUCACAAAUUUUUGUAAUAGUUAUUAUUAAACUUAAUAUUUUAACUUUUUAUUGGUAACAGAACUUUCUGUUAUUCAAUUCAGUCUGUAAUUGUACUGGUAAUUAGACAAAUGUGGUUGUCCCAUUUGUUAAUCACUUUUACAGACAGAAUUGGACAGCUCCACCCAGUCCUAUCACCAUUAUGGUGGCUAUAGGAUUUUACUGAAACUUAAUUGGCCUGACAUAACAUUAAUUGCGGGCGACAAGAGGAGCCCGCAAGCCUAAUCUCCAGGUUGUUAUUAUGCAUGCGUCGCAAGUAUGUAGCCAGCAUUGGUUUGGGCUUCCACUAAGAAUGAAUGGAAUACACAGAAAGCAAUUUGACCAUGCACGUUUGGACCUUCUAUUACUCGUAAUCUGAUCAUGCUUGUUUUGACCAUCUGUCACGUGAAACUUAUGCAAAGUACAGGGCGGGAGCAAAAGCAUUUUGACCUUGGAUCAUUGUCCCCCUUACUCUGUAAUCUUUGGUUUUUACUAGUAAUAAUUGUGAUACUGUGAAGGGUUUGAACCCAGCAGUCAUUUCAAAAGUAGGUUGAGUUUGAUCGUCCGGGUAAACGUAGUCCUGAAUAGGAAUGUUGUUGUUGACAGUGACUGACGUUUUGACAACCUGUGCGGUAGUCAUCUUCAGAGCCAAUGUGAGUUGUAUCACGUCAGUUGAUGGUAUUAUACUCUGGUUAUUGAUUUGAUUGGUCAAUUACGUCGCGAUGUUAUUGGUCGUCUGUCAGUUAAGCCAUGAUGUUUAUAUUGGCUAUGAAGACUUGUAAUCAGUAAUUGGUGUACUUCAAUCCGUCUAUUGUCACAGUUAAACAGUUGUCUAUUGUUAGCCUUUUGAUAUUUACACAGCCAGUUGUUUGGUGAGGCAGAUGCUGAUGAAGAAGUGUCUCCUGACACUGAAGAUCCAGAGGCUGUAGGAGAGGCUGGAGAGAGGGCAGUAACUAGUAAAGAGAAGGAAAAUGCCACUGGAGGUAUAGAGAGGGCGUCUACAAGAUCAUGGGCCGAAGAGAUAGGAUAUGACCCUGUCAGAUUAUUUAACAAAGUGAGUAGUAGAUUACAGCAUGCAAAGAAAGACAUGUGUGAUUAAGCCUGGGUCUAGGGAAUUCUGCAAUUGGGCCAGUGAAUUUUGUUCUUAACUUGCUCAACAGGCAAGUCUAUUUUUGCGAGAAUUUAUAAUUACAAAAGUACAUUUUUAAAACAAUUGUAACACUUGUACUAUAUAGGACAAAUUGUUGAUGUUCAUAAUAAAUUCAUUUGGAGCAAAAUGUGUUUUUCAAGCUGAUCUGAUAAAGUGAAAUAUUUUAUUGUUACACUUAUUAUAACAAUGAAUUAAUAAGGCAAGUUGCAUGUACUGAUUAACGAAUGGUGUAAUUAAUUAAUAAAUAAUACAUAUCAUCAUUCUUUUUUCUUCUAUAGUUGUUUAAUGAAGACAUAAAGUAUCUUUUAUCCAUGGACAAAUUAUGGAGGAAGAGAAAACCUCCUGUUCCUUUAGACUGGGAAAAUAUUCAGACAGGUGAGGUCUACUACGUGGCCACUGAACUCUUCAAGCCACGAUAUUAACAUACAAAUUCUCCAGACUGAUAUCCAUACAUUUCCUUAAAGAUAAGUUGAGAGAAUUUAUAAUAGAUCAAGGCAUUUUCCCUUAGAUGAUCAUUUUAUUCAUUCUCAUAACCUUCUCUUUUGACUGUUUAUUAAUAACUGUAAAAGAGAAAAUUGAUGUUUGUCACUCUUGGGCUUUAAAAAGAAAGGGUUAAGAUGAAGGAGCAAAAUGUUUCAUCUUUGAUCAUUUCACCCUACUAGCAGAGCUCUUCUUUCCCUUGCUCGAUUUUGGCGUACUCAAAAAAGACUUUGCUUGAAUUGAGCGAGAUCUUUGUUGAGCAUGUGCUGCAUGUUGCUGUAGGAUACAGUUUCAAACCCAGGCCUAAUUGCUGGUGGUUGGUACAGCGGGCUCUGUUAUGACCGUCAGUUUAUCAAUGAAAGGAUGUUGCAUUCAGAGAACUGGUGUGAAGAUAGAGAACAAUAUGACAAGUCCAGAGGUUGAGGCUUCAGCAACUUACUGGAGAAGACAAGAGGAGGCUCUGCUCACAUGGUGUGGCCAUUACUCAGUUUGCUUCAGCAGGGCUCGAAAUUGUGACUGAUGCAGUUGCCAAUGCGACUAACAUUUUCUCCUUGGCGACUAAAAAAUCUGGUUUCAUCACCACUUCAAAUGGCGACCAGAUUUCUCUAUGAUUUAGAUUUAAAUUAAAAGAGAAAAGUUAAAACAAACAUUACAUCUUAUCUUGGUUUGCUUUGCUCGUAAAAAAUUUGCCAAAUCAUAUAAACAAAGCCAGUUUACCUCCAAAUUUAUACCAACUUCUGUCCGCGAUAUUUUGAAACAAUCAAGUCUGAUGAGCUCUAGCCAUGUUCAAGCAUUUGUUUUGCGACAGAUUUUACUAUUUGCUUUAAAAUGGAGUUGCUGAUGGCACAGGUAUGAACACCCUGGACUGACUGAUCUCUUAAAAGAUUACUGGAAUUGUUUUAUGAAUAAUUAUUUUGUUCUGCAGAAUACAAUAACGAGGAAAAAGACUCUGACAAUGGGCUUCAAGACCAAAGAGUUUGGAGUCCCGAGGAGUGUGCUAGCAUAUUUAGACAGAGGUUGGUAUUGCUUUUUUGCCACUUAAGUUCCAUUUUUGUUUUGAGCACGCUUACAAUACAGUAUUGUUACUUUAGUAGCACUUUUUGUUAUAGAAUAAUGAAAUUUUUGGUUUUGUUUUAGUGUGGAUACUUUAAAACAACAGUUACUUGCAAGAGGAGAAGACCUUGUUUGGGAUAAGGUCAGUGUUUAGUGAACUAAAUUAGUUGCAUGAUGAUUGAUGAUUUUUUAUUGCAAAGUCAGGUCACAAAAUAUCAUUGAUUAGGUGCAGGUACACCCAGGUUAAUAAUGGUUACAAGGAGGGGUGAGAUGCUUCCAGUACACGACUAAAUGUUUUAUGACAAUGUCUUCAAUCUAAAAAAUGUUCUAUAAUGUUACAAAGGAAAUCAAUUUUAGCUGUUAGUUUACAGAUACUCCACUCAAAUUAUAAACAAUGUUUAGAUAAGGUUUUUUUACUGUAGAGAGAUCUAGUCACAUUUACAGCAAACAGCAAAAGUCAAAUUCAAGUUAAUGAUUUCUCAAAAUGGAACAGAUAAAAACUGUGCAAACUAUUUUGAUGUAUGAAAUUGGCGUGAAACUACUAUGUUUUUAUAGAUAUCUUGCACAGUAAACGACAGGUGAAGGAAAAAGUUGAUCACAAAUUAAUGGUGCAAAUCAGCAUUUGGUUAAUUUGCUGUUUGCCAUAAUAGUGAUUUAAUACAUCUCUCUAAUAACUUACCAAAAUGAACAGAAUUGUGUCUGGGGGUUACAUAUAUGUUAGACUUUCACAGUCUUCCAAGUUCACUUUUCUGUAUGUACUAGACUCUUUUUUUCACUAGCUAGAAGAGAUUGGUGUCAUUUCACCAUUGUUUUCAUUUUUAUGCACAGGAUGAUCCAGCAUCAAUGGAUUUUGUCACAAGUGCAGCAAAUAUCCGGGCACACAUUUUUAGCAUUCCUAUCAGGAGUCGCUUUGAUGUCAAAGGUUUGGAAAGAAAAAUCCAUGUUAUUCUUCAGUUGACUAAGAACUAACAAUAUCUUUCAAAAAACCCUCUCAUUAUUAUUUUCAAAAAAUUAUUAUUUUUGUCUAUGCAAACAAAAAACAUUAAAAUUUUUUUCAUAAUAUUAUUAUGACAUGUAUAUGUUACAGGUCAAAAUUAUAUUCAGGUUAAAAUUGUUUAACCUAGGUUGAUUCUCAACUUCCUUUGUCUCCCGCCUUAAUUCAUGAGAAUAUCAAAAUUAAAUGAUGUUAUCCUUCUCCAGUUAAAAUAAAAUUGCAGUGUGAAACUUUUCAUUGUAGAAUAAACAUUUGAAAAAAUACAUGGAAAGCUGUUGUCCCUGUCUGUUGAUGCAUUUAUUUAUUUAUGAGUGUGGAUAACUCAUGUAGGAGUGACUUUGAUCUCUGUGUGUCUGACCUCUUCCCCUUUAUGAUUUGGGACCUGAGCAAGUAUUCCCAUACAACUGGCCUCGGUUGGGUCAAAGGCUGGUAGUGCUAUCCACUGGAUAAAUCUCUAAUAUAUUAUUAUUUGUUUGCCAAUACUGUCUUAUCUGCUGUAUGGUGAUUUAUCCAGUGGAUAGCGCUAUCCAAUGCUUGAACAACAGUGGCCAGUAUGUGUGUUUUUGUAGUUUUGACAUUCCAUAAUUUUUAUGAUUUUCUUACUUUGGAUAUCUGAGUUUACCGGUAUUUGGCACAUGGACUGAUAUAUUUCUUGUUCUUUCUUUAGCCAUGGCAGGGAAUAUUAUACCAGCAAUUGCCACAACAAAUGCCAUUAUUUCAGGUGUGAUUGUGAUGCAAGCUCUAAACAUACUAAGUGGAAAGCUGGACAAAUGUAAAACAGUAAGUGUUGAAAUCAAAUUAGCCCACUCUAAGCAUUUUUAGUAUUUUUAAGGACUUAAAGUAAAAUUAAGCUGAAAUUUUCUGGCUCCAGAAAAUCCCCAGGAAAAGAAGUAAAGCAAUAAAAAUUAAAAAAAAUUUAAGUAAAAAAUAACAGCCACCUUUUUUAGCAGAAGAAAGCUGAUUUCUUGUUUACUGCAACUAAUCCAGCCUGUAUUAUGCUAUUGCCAACUAACUCAUUUUGUUUUAUACUACUGGCGAACUAAAGAGAAAACUCUUUGAAAUACUGGAAAAAGAGGACGACUAUAUAGGGCAAUUCUCAAAAUCGUAACAUGGUGUACUUCCGUAUGAAGUACAGUCUGCCUUCCUGUCUCACUCUGGCUAUAAACCACACGACAAACUAGAUUGCUUCUAGGAUUGUUCGUUUAACAUGUAUCUAUAUAUAUUUAUACAAUUUUCUUUUUUCUCUUGUACCCGCCUCGAAUAGCCUUUGCUAAAAUUGCGGGCACAAGCUUUGUAAGCUAUAUUUAAUUUGAAAUAAACUUGCUGUCACUGUUGUUGUUGGUGUUGUUGUUGUUGGCUAUGGAAUUUGAUGCAAUCAUUUCAGCUGGUAAAGGGAGUUUCCAACUUACAAAUCAUACUUUUUGCCAAUGUGCCCAAAAAUAUUAUUUUACAAAAACUGCAAUCUUUACUCAAUGUAUUAUUAUCUUGAGAUUUUCCUCUAAUUCUUGAAUCACUGUCCACAUACCCCAAGUUACACUACACUGUAUACUGAACUGUCAAGUGGAUUUGAAAGCAGUAUUAUGUUUUCUGUGCUAUCUAUAGAAGCAAACACACAUUUAUUUACUAAUAAAACAAUAUGAAAAAUCUUGAUUUUCCAAUAAGUGUCCAUUGCUAUCCACUGUUGUUGCAGAUUUAUCUUAAUCGUCAGCCUAACCCAAGAAAGAAGCUGCUUGUUCCUUGUUGUUUGGUUCCUCCAAAUCCCAAGUGUUAUGUUUGUGCUGCAAAACCAGAGGUGAGGAUGUUAAAAAGGAUGUAACAGUUUAAUCAUGGUUUCCACAGGAAAUGUUCAGGGAAAAGUCAUGGAAUUUCAAAUGCUUUGAGUCAGGGAAAAUUUCAUCUUUGAAAGAAGUCAGAGAACAGGGAGGUUUUAAGAGUACAUAUGUAUUCUUUUCCCUCUACUUUUGUUGUUUUCUAACAUUUUAAAGUCUUUUGUACAUUUUACAGACAUAAAUCAUGUGGUAUUGGUAGGUUAUUGUUCACUAGAUUGAAUGACAAGUUAUGUUAAAGAGUUAUGUUAAGGGAAAUUUUACAUUUGUCAAGAAAAAGUCAGGGAAUUACAAAAUCCUCUGGCUGCAGCAACCAUGUUAAUCUCAGAAAAUGACAAACACUGUAGGUAGCCCAGAAAAGCCAUUAUUGUGUGUCAGCUUUUGAAUGAAUGGCUAAACUUGGACAUGUUGUCCUUGGAGUCAAUUAGCAUCAGAACCACAUUUUAUGAGGAAAUCAAGAUGCCUGAUUUACUUCAGAAACUGCUCUUCAAAGUUUGAGAAUUGAUUGAGGCAUUUUUUUCUUUUCAGGUGAAUGUUUUCUUAAACACUAAAACCCUCACAAUCAAAACUUUAGAAGAGAAGGUGAGUUUAUCUUGUAGUGUGCUAAAUGUAUAAUUUAUGCAGGUCCAUGUUUUAUAACAAAAUGGAGAAUAGAAUUUAUAAAAUAAUGAUUUUUUUUAAAAUAACUAUGACAUCAGCUUUGUGGAGUAUCAACUUUUUCUCCAUAGGUUUCUACUUUAGGUAGCACUUCUCAAAAAAAAAGUAAAUAGGCAUAUUCUAAGUGUUUUGUAAUUUGAACUUUUGCACAUUGUAGUUGGCAGUCUUGUUUAAAUUAUGUCUAAAUGUACGGGAAAAGAGUUUUGAAGACUGCUGUUUCUUAUAGACAUUUAUGACACUUUCAAUAUCAUUUUUUUGUUAUUAUUUAUACUCACUAUAGUUCAACCUAAAGAUUAGUUACUGAAGAUAUGGCUAUCUGCCAGCAGAUAACUGUCCUAAUUGUUAGGGUGUGCCUGUCAGUCUUGACUUACAACACUGACCUCAACCUUGAUUACUCCUGAUAUCACAAAACCUUCCUCCAACAUUUAUAUUGUUUGAUAACUGAUUUUACAUUCGUAAUAAAUUAUUGCUUGGAUGUGUUGUUUCUAUAGAUACUUAAGGAAAGGUUUGGUAUGGUGGCACCUGAUGUUGAAAUAGAUGACGGCAAAGGUUGGUACACUCACUCUUGUUGUAGGUUUGAAGGUGUACCAUAAGCACUUUAUGACUGGACACAGGAAAAUAGUGAGUUUUAUUUUUCCCAAGACCCUCAUUGGUUAGAUUGUGAGCAGUCUCUCUUUUUCAUCAGAUUUAGUGAGGGGAGUGCAUGUGCAUGCAAGUGUUGAGCAGCAAAGCCGCGAGACGCAAGAAAUGAGGCGGCCGGUCUUGCGCCUUCAGUCAUGGGUGUGGUCAUUUGCAUGUCUCGUGCGUUUUGCUCGAUAGACUAAGAAAAAGGAGAGACUGCUUGUAGUCUACUCAUUGUUCCUUAAAGUUAAGUGAGGCCAACAGGAACAUGAUGGUCGUUAUUAUCAGUCGGACAACUUCAUUUGAGGCAAACAGAAGAGGAGGCAGUCUCUCUCUUGUUCCCCUUUUGAUUUGUCCGCACUCUCCAGUCCUGCUAAGCCUUGACUGGACUGACUGAAAAGGGAAUUCCUGCAGAGAGUAUGACGCAGAGAGAUCUUCCUACAUGCAUGAAUGUCUGGCAUUGUUGUCCUUGCCAACUGUUUUGCAAUGGUUAUUGUGUUUGUGGACCAAGUGUGGAUCACUAGUCUGUGAGCUUCUUGCGGUAGUUGCUGGCCAUGUAUUGACUAAACCAAGCGGUUUCUGUCCUUAGGCAGUAUACUGAUAUCCAGCGAAGAGGGGGAAACAGAAGGUAGCUGUACCGUACAUUGUUAUGAUUAUUUGUCAUUAACAAAAUUCUCAAGUCUGAUUGGUUUUCAACAGCCCAUAUUUAUUGCUCGAUUUGGCUGAUGCAGUACCAGAACUGUCCUAUUUGACCUGCUCGAUUAAAAGCUGCUUGUUAUCGGACAGGUCAAAUCAGACAGUUGAACAGCUAAUGAAAAUCGAGCAUCAAAUAUUUGGAUCUAUCUAAUAAGGUUUAACAAAUUAGUCCAUGCUAGCAAAUCCGAACCAAGAAACAAAACUUCAGUAAUUUAGUUUUCCAGCUUCAGUUUGAUGCAGUAAGGUUUAUGCAUUUAAAGCCCCAUAUCCUGAUAGUUUCUCCAAAAGCCGUAAGCCCUGUUUUUGAUCUUGAAGCUGUAAGCUGAUGUACAGUGUAAUAAGAACUUUGCACUUUAAUAUAAUAUUCCAAUCCUAAAAUAAUUUCUCGCUUUUUGUUAUUGACACAAUUAAUUGGUAAUAGGAUUUUGUGUUUUACAAUUCAGAGUAAUGGGGUUUAUAAUUUCAAACCAUCCAUGUGCUACGCGCUUGACCAAUUUUUAAUUACUUGCCCGAUGACUCCCUGAAUUGUAUUUUACUCAGUCCUGUAAUCAUUACAUAUUGUCCACAUUCAUCAGUGAUCAAUUGAUCCAACUGGAAUGUUAGUUACUUAUUCCUCUAUCCCAUUCUCAAACGCAUCCUCUGUCUGGCUGACUGAAGCUUUGAAAUUGUUUUUAAAUGCCGGCGAACAGAGAAGAGUAUCUAGUCUUGAAAUGGUACUGCAUUUUGUCAUUCAUAUUUCAUGUACAUGUAUUUCUUGAUUAAGUAAUGAUCUAGGUAAGACGGGAAGCAAUUUCUUUUAUUUUGGUGUAACACGCUUUCCUCACAGAGGAAUGUUUCAUUUUCACUUAGAGAAUGCAUAAACCUGCAAAAUGGCAGUAUACCAAAUAAAAUAAUGUUGUAUUUUAAACUCCUUUUUAAACGGUGUUUUUUGUGUGUGUGUUAGAGGAUUCAACCAAUCACAAGAGUUGCAACAAAUAGCCAAGAAAAGUUUACAAUUUUACAUGUUCCUCACGUAUGAUUUCUGUGUUACCGAGAUUCAAAUGAGAUUUUGUUAUGAGGAAGCUGGAAAACAAAGGAUUAACAAACAUGCUGCUUUGCGAAGAUUUCGUCAAAUUUGCUGUUUUUAGAAAUAUAGUAGGGACAGUAGUAAAGUGAGCACCUUUCUGCAUUCCCACAUGUUCAUUGUGUUUGGUUCUUUCCUUCUUAUCUGGACCGUCACUUAAUUGAAAAAGAAAAAUUGAAAGGAGUUUGUUGCAAUUUGAUUAUUCUAUAUAUCCUUCCCUUAUUAUGUCAAAUCUUCUCUCUCAAUUACGUCAGAUUUCCACCCUCCUGGCAGCCCAAAGUUAACUGCAAGUUUUAGUUUGAUUGACUAAUUGCUUAAGGUUGAAUUACUUCAGCAAGAUUUUUACUUCCUUAUUUGCAGAAAACUUACCGAAGACCCUAAGCGAAUUCAUUGUGGGAAACAGCGCAAGGCUGAAAGCUGAUGAUUUCCUUCAAAACUACCAACUUGUUGUUAACGUGAAACACAAGUAAGUUGACAACAAAGUAGGAUUUUGUUUUUAGUGGUAUUAACUCUUGUUAGCUGGAUGAAGGCUCAGUUGCCGACAUUAAUAGCCUGGAACGUAACAGGGGCACCCAACGUCACUUUUCGGAAAAUAUCUGUUCGGAAGACGAUUUGAGAUCUAGAAUUUUCGGAACAUUUGUUGUAAAAUUUCUUGCUUGCCUGCCUCUCGUAGAAUUUUCGAACAUCUAAAAAAUGGUGUAAUUGCCCAUUUAAAACGGAUUUGUACCCUAAAAAGGUCACCUAGAAUUUUCGGAAGCCUUUUUUCUGGCUGAAAUUUUCGAAAAGGUAAGUUUUGAUCCCUACAAUUUUCGGAUCACUAGACUUUCAGCUAGGAAAUCCGAAGAUGAAGAAUUUUUUUAGGGGAUAAAAAUAUGCCUAUAUCUACCGUUUAAAAACUAAAAUACGUCUAACAAUGCUAUGUUUAAGUGGUUUUGAACGAUAUUCUCGUUCGGUGCCCCUGACGUAAGAACUCUUAAAUGUAAGAACCCAUGAAAGUAAGAAGCCCUAAUUGAAAAACCGCUGAAUAUAAGAACCCCUUCACUUAAGAACCCCUGGAUGUAAGAACCCCUGGAUCUAAGACCCCUGGUUGUAAGACCCCUAAACAUAAGACCUCUGGAUGUAAGACCCUGAAUGUAAAACCCCUGGAUGUAAGACUCCUGAAUGUAAGACCCUGGGUGUAACACCCGUUGAUGUCAGACCUCUGGAUGUAAGAUUCCUGGAUUUAAGACUCCUGAAUGUAAGACCCUGCCUAUAAAACCCCUGGAUGUAAGACCCCUGGGUGUAACACCCGUUGAUGUCAGACCUCUGGAUGCAAGAUUCCUGGAUGUAAGACUCCUGAAUGUAAGACCCUGAAUGUAAAACCCCUGGAUGUAAGACCCCGGAAUGUAAGACCGCUAAAUGUCGGACCCCUGAUCAUAAGAUUUCUCUGUAAAUACAUGUAUUUCCUUUGUUAUUCAUACCUUCUUUUAACGUCUUGGGCGAUUAUUAUUUUUUUGGUUUCUCGCAAUUUGAUGGCAGUUCUCACUGGUUGAAUUUAGAUAAAUUUUGUGACACGGCUCCUUUAUGUGAAAGUACGCUUUUAAGAAAGGCGCCUGUUAUAUUGCAGAGAGAAUUUAGAAAACGAUACAGAAUUUGAAGUGGAAGGAGAUAUACCCGCCCCUGGACCACAGACCUCUGAACCCGGCCCAUCAACGCGGGCGGAUGAAAAAGCUGAAAGCGGUGAGCUCAGUGUUUUUUUAUCUGGUUAUGUUGCAUGGAAUAAUAAAAACGAUGUGACUUGUGUGUUACCGUCGUUCGGAAGAAAAGCAUCGCCUCGCAUGUGUGUUUCUUUAUAUUUUGACACACGUGUAAUUGAUCCACGGGUACCCCAAGGUCGAGCUUGAGAAUCACUGUUGCAUAACUGAUCUUAAGUUAUAAGAGUAUUUAUGGGAUCAAAAACUAGUAGUAAAUGUAAGUAAUCAAAUUACAACUGAAUGCCUUAUCUCAUCCAUGCGUUUUAUUUACUGCGUGUUCUUGGCAUUUUCGGCCGUUUUAGACCAAUUCCAACGACUUUUAGUGGUGUCCUUCGUUUUUCAGACCCUUUUAUGAUUUCUGAUCAAUUUUACAACAUUAGCUCUACUUAGAAAAAAGAUGAUAUGAACAGGUACCCAUAGCACAUUUUUGAGAAGCCCGCGGUUUUGUGCGCAAACGUGCGGCGAAGCCGCGAGGACCAUGAGUCGCUCGUUCAGGCACUUCGCGCACGUUUUCGCAGCUUUUAUUUUUCCCUCUGGCCAAACAGCUACGCAUUCUAGCUCGUCAGCUAGGGUUACCUGUUAUUUAACGCGAGGAAAUCAACACACUUGAUAGCUUUGCCACAAAUUUAGGCCUUUGAGCAAAACCCAGGUGUAGAUAAUCGAUCGGAAGGCUAAAAACAGAGGGAGUCAGCAGUGGAACGAGUUUACUCUGUCUCUGAACCUGGUAACCCUGUACGCAAUUUCGCUCCUGACUUUUACGCAGGCAUUGACUAUUAUCCAAUUGCCCAUAAUACACUCUGUUUGCCCCCCAAAUUUUGCAUAAUUUAUUGUCUUGAAAUGCUCUUGGGAAAAUGCAAUACUCCCAGGAGCAUUUAAAAACAAUGGUUUAUGCAGAAUUUGGGGGGCAAACAGAGUGUAUUAUGGGCAAUUGGAAAAUAGAGAAUUGAUGCCUUAAAAAUGUAUCUGUAAGCUCGGUCAUCUUUUUGGUUUAGCGGUUACGUGUGAGCUUGCCCGGGGGUUAAUCGGCGAGAGAGGAAAUUCUUCUGUUUGAAUUAAACAUCCUUAUUCAAUCGAGUCGUGUUUAACCCCAAGAACCUGAUGGCCGGGAAUGAUAUGAUACAAUUCAUAUCUUGGAAUGGUUGUGAUUGACGGCUUUCCAAAAUGCUAUGUCACACUAUACGGGACUGCUCUUGUACCGGCACCAAAACCACACCGAAUAAGUCUUCUUUUCACACAUAAGAACCGUAAUUUCCACACGAUUUCUAUAACGGAGCGAAACUGCUCCGCGCCGACCUCGAAAGUGGGGCGUCACAUAUCGGAUAGGUUCGGUGACACUCUUUGGUGCAGCGUGGUAUUCGGACAAUAGCCGAAGUGAAUAAGUAGGAGCGAUGAAUGGAAUCCACUGAGACGGAAGUAAAUAUUCAGGAGUGAAGACUACGAUUUAGUUCACCAAACCCUCUCGAACAACCCCUCCGGCACAAUGUUCGAUGUGUUUGAACAAUUUGCUCUAGUUCUGUAUUUUUGCUGUUCACCCUAUACUGGAUACCUUUUCGUGUCGGCACGAAAAGCUUAUUCACGUUCAGGGUUUGCGCCGUUUGACUUAAAUUUCAUAAAUUCAAUAGGUGAAAAUGACGAAGUUAUGGUGGUAGAUGAACCCGUUCCAUCCCGCAAGAGGAAAGCAGAUGAAACGGAACAGUCGGAACCGGCCGAAGAACAGCAAGAUUUAAAAAGUGUAAAACGAGUAAAGGUAUCAAAUGCUGCUGAAGAUGGUGGCGAAGACAUCAUUGUUCUCUGA